UAGUAUUUAAUAUAUUUUGUUUUUGACUGAUGAUGAUAUGUAUCAAGUUGUCGUCUCCGAAUUCUCCACUUCUUCUCUCUACUACGUCAAACUCACAAUCGCUUUUUGUUUGUUUUGAAACUUUAACUCACAAUCGCUUUUGUAUCUGUGAAUAAGAAGAAUCUAUCUCUUGAUCAUGGCAGAGAAGAAGGAGAAGCUGAAGCUCUACUCUUACUGGAAAAGCUCGUGCUCACACCGUGUCCGUAUCGCCCUCACUUUAAAAGGGAUUGAAUAUGAGUACGUACCAGUGAAUCCCCUCAAGAGAGAUGAAUUCUUGAAAAUCAAUCCAAUGGGUGCUGUACCAGCGCUUGUUGAUGGAGACGUUGUGGUUUCUGAUUCUCUUGCCAUCAUAAUGUAUCUAGAUGAGAAGUAUCCUGACCCACCUCUCUUACCUCGCGACCUCCACAAACGUGCCGUAAACUACCAGGCAGCGAGUAUUGUGUUCUCUGGCAUACAACCUUAUCAAAAUACGCCUGUUGCUAGGUAUAUAGUGGAGAAGACAAAUGCUGAAGAGAAAACUGCUUGGGUUAAUAACGCUAUCACAAAAGGAUUCACUGCUCUCGAGGAUCUGUUGGUUAGCUGCACUGGAAAAUACGCCACUGGUGAUGAAGUUUACUUGGCUGAUCUCUUUCUAGCACCACAGAUCCAUGCAGCUAUCAACAGAUUCCAGAUUAACAUGGAACCGUACCCAACACUUGCAAAAUGUUACGAGUCAUACAAUGAUCUUCCUGCGUUUCAAAACGCAGUCCCAGAGAAGCAGCCUGACGCUCCUGCUUCCACAAGCUGAUUCUGUGUACCGUAGUAAGCUACUCUCAGCUCAAUAAAUACCUCAGACAGUGAUAUCUAUUAUAAUAAAGGAGAUUUGUCUCUCUCCACAGGCCGCCACGUCAGCAAGGAGGGGUGAGCGUUUUUUGACACCUGGCAACUCUUUUUUUUUAACUAAAGCUUAACUUUCAUGUUUAUGUUAUAGAUUUGUACUAUUUGGGCUUCUCCAUUGACUUUUUUUUUCAGGCCCAAUUAUGUAUCGGGUUUAGUGUUUCUCUCAUUCUUCUUCAGAUACUGUAGGGCUUCGCCGCCGUGAAGAUUUCUACAGAUUCCAUGCCUCUCAUCCAUUGUCGUGUAACGUCUCCGACUAUCAUUGAUUUCGUCAUAUUAAAGCAAGCAUUUACUUGAUUAACACCACUCUUUUGCUCUCUGCCAUUGAAUCGCAUUCCCCUUUCUCUCCAAGGUAGCGGACGAAAGCUCUACUUAUAAAUGAGGUUGUUCUCUGCGAUGAAAUGCAACACUUCAACCAAAUCGAAUAGCACAUUCUUGAUUUGAACACAUGGGCGUCUAUAUGUUACUAUUGGAUGAUAAGGACUACAGGAGUCACUCAUCCAAGCCUCUAACACACACAGUCCACGGGCUGAACACUUUCAGAGAAUUAGAGGAAGCACUUUCAGAGAACUAAGUGGAUUCAAUGUAUAAUGAUUUCCUUUUGGAUGAUAGGUGGAUUUGCUAUGAAAAAAAGAUGUUGGAAAACAGAAGGUUCCCCAAAUUGCAUCUCAACUUUCAGCUCAGGCAACUCUGAUUCAGGCCUCAAUUACCUUGGCUUGGACUGUUCAUGAUGUUAUCGCCUGAGUGCACAGACUCAAUAAAUUCCAAUACCUAAGACCUGAACUGAACAUCCCUUCUUUGCUCUUGACUACUUGCCUUUUUGUUUAUGUCCAGAGAAGUGAUAACCACCCUGGUGAUGACAUGCCUGGAGCUGUAGCAGUGUCAACUAAGCCAUCUGAUAUGAUGCUCCAUCAUGCAUCUGAGAAAAAAAAGCUACGAGUGAUAGUGGUUGGAUUGUUGAAGAUAGUGAUGCUGCUCCACCUCAACCAACUGAUGCUACUGUUUUGGUUGGUUCCUCGAAUCGGAAGGAUCCACCCACAGAGAAUGUGCCUGAAGGUAAGAAGUCACGCAUUGCAUAACUUUAGAGGUUAAGGAGGACCGAAGCUUAAAGUCGGCUACAUCGAGUCUCGUUUUUUCUUUCUUUUCCUCUGUUUUGAUCUUUUAAUUCUUAGAGAUUUUCCUCACAUGAAACCUUCUUUGGUGUUUUAAUUUAUCUUUGGUUUUAGUUUUCGUUCUGACUUGGAAACAAAGUUCGUCUAUUGUUUAUAAAAUAAAAUUUCCUUCAAA